GUGACCGCUCUGUACUUCUAAAAGCAAACUGGAUACAGGUACUUAUCUUAACGAUAUGUUUCCGUUGCCAUGACAAUGAAGGUCAUCUCAUACUGCCGGACAGGUCAAGAUGUGAUUUGAUGUCGAUGGUCAAUUCGGUAGCAAUCCUGGACAUUGUGCGGAGGAUGAAGCAGCUGGCCCAGAAGUUCCAAGCUCUGAAGACAACGCAAGAUGAAUACUUCUACCUCAAACUUCUUAUACUUCUAAACCCAGAUGCGAAAAACCUCUCCCAGCCAUCAAGGGUACGCAGUUACCAGGAAAGAGUCCAGGAGAAUCUCUUUGACCUUGGCAUGGCAAGGGAAGGCAUCUCUGCAAGCAUGAAGAUAGGAGAGCUCCUCCUCAAGCUCUCAGAGCUUGAACGUCUCUCCCAUCUCAUCAAGGAGCACUUAGUCUUUACACAGGUUGCGGGACAGCUUGGUCCUAGGAACUACUCAAACCUUGCGAAUAUGCUGGAAGAUGACUAGAGAAAUUGACAUCUAUUGAAUCUCAUCAAGGACCAUUUGGUAUUUACUCAGGUUGCUGGUCAGCUUGGUCUCAGGAAUUACUUGAUCCUAGAGAACAUGCUGGAAGAUGACUAGAGGAUCCUUUGCAGACCUCUCUUAUGACUUUUCCAAUCAGUUUUCAGUAGGUACUCCAACCUAAAAGCGUAAUGGAGAAUACCGGUAUGCUUGUAAAUGUCUUCAAAGACCAGUGUUUUGAUUUAAUGUGGUACGUACGUACAUGUAUGUAGAUACUUUGAACUACUGUAUUAAACCCAAGUAUUUGCAUUGUAUGCAUGAAGAUAUCAAGAGAAUAUUAUUUACCAUAGGAUAUGUGUGCAGAUUCUUUUCAUCAAUCUCUGACACCAAGGGAUUUGCAUAAUGCUGCUUUGAACUACUGUAUUAAACCCAAGUAUUUGCAUUGUAUGCAUGAAGAUAUCAAGAGAAUAUUAUUUACCAUAGGAUAUGUGUGCAGUUUCUUUUCAUCAAUCUCUGACACCAAGGGAUUUGCAUAAUGCUGCUUUGAACUACUGUAUUAAACCCAAGUAUUUGCAUUGUAUGCAUAAAGAUAUCAAGAGAAUAUUAUUUACCAUAGGAUAUGUGUGCAGUUUCUUUUCAUCAAUCUCUGACACCAAGGGAUUUGCAUAAUGCUGCUUUGAACUACUGUAUUAAACCCAAGUAUUUGCAUUGUAUGCAUAAAGAUAUCAAGAGAAUAUUAUUUACCAUAGGAUAUGUGUGCAGUUUCUUUUCAUCAAUCUCCGACACCAAGGGAUUUGCAUAAUGCUGCUUGCAAAUGUACUUGUACGAAUGACUUGACUUUAGGAAUGUACCAACAUGUACACCUAAAACUUUACCUGCCAUUCCAGCAAAUAUAACUGUAUUUCAAAUAAUUUCAUUUAGAUUGUGACGAAAACCAUGUAAGUGUACUCUGCAAGCGAGCUGUGGGUAGCAGAAUUAGUCACCCUCAACUGCCAAGUCGCACGCAAGACUUGCACGGAACAAUGUGACAGACCCUUUAAAAUAGACACUGAGAUCUUUGAUAACGGGGUACAAUUUGUCAGUGUGAGCUUUGUUUCAUAGUAAAUUGUACACAUGCAUAGACAUACAUGAAUAUGUUUUACUAUUAAAAAAUAUAUCAUUGAUUGACUUCAUCUUUCUGGGAGAGUACAUUUUCGUUUGGGUCUUUAUUGUUGGAACAGUAUUCUUGUUUCCACACAAAGUGCCUGAAUUAUUGGCUCGGGACUUUGAUAUGCAAUCAAUAUUAAAAGCCGAACUGUUCUGUGAAAUUGCCGAUAUUCCUGCAUUAGAAAUGAUAUGGAUAUGGUUUGAAAUUCCACAAAUGGUCUGUCACGUUUCCCUGAAUCAAUACGGUAUUCACUUUAGAUGGACACCUGCUUACACUUUGAACAAUGCAUGUUUUUGGUUUAUGUUGUUGUGUUUUUGUCAAUAUGGUUGUACAUGUAACAUAUGUGCAUACAUACAGGUAGCUCUAUCAGGGAUGCUGCUUCCUUUCAGUGUAGUCUGAAUUCAGACUUUCUCAACAUGUUAUUGGCCAUAGAAACACCCUUUUUAUGUAGGAAAAGGUUCAUUGUAGAUGAUUUCAACACCUUUUUAUACGCUCGUCCUAGACGAGACGUACAUGUAUAAUGGUAUCACGCUUGGUGCCCAUCUGUCUGUCUGUCCGUUAACUAUUCCUUGUAAACACGAUAACUUCCGUUUAACAUAACCUAGGCUCGUAUAAUUUGGUUUGUAUGAUACUAGCAUGGAUCCCAUGAAGCCUUUCUAUUUUUAGGUCAAAAGGUCAAAGAUCAAGGUCACAGUGACAUGUUUUCAUCUUACCCUUCUGGGGCCCGUCUUACAAAGAGUUGCGAUUGAUCUGAUCAAUCGCAACUAUGGAAAGCCACCAAAGUCAACAUAUGAAAUGCAUGUUUGUUAAAAAAAAUUCUAGAUAUAAAUAUAUAUCCAUAAAUUCAUUGAUUUCUUGACAAUUUUGUGUGUUCUUCUUUGUUUACAAAGGACAUUUUGCAAAUUUUCUUUAGAAAAAAUUAUGACACUGAUGGAUGUUUUAUUUAAGUCAAGAGACCAUCUAGUAUGAACAUGAGAGUACACCACUGUAUUAUGUAUGGAUCUGAUAGUAGUAUUUCCUGUUUCUGUAGAUACAUGUACAUGGUAUAAUAAUAAUAAUAGGAAUUAUAGUAAUGAUACUGCCACUUCUACUACUAAUGAUAAUAAUGAUAAUAAUUUAAUAAUGAUAAAAAUAAUAGUAAAUAUGAUG